CGGUACACAGCCCGAUUUGUUUUGCUGCCAUGCAAACUCACGAACUUGUUCGACCGGUUUGAGAAGGUACAACGGUAAACGCGGGUGCUAAUCGAAUGACACCUAUCGAUAGGCGAUUGACGGAAGGCCCUUAAACGCUAGUGACGCAAUAUGCUUCUUCUACGACGACUAGCGCCUCUGGGACCCAAGUUUCCGGGUGUGAGGUGGCGUAAUUUUAGUUUGAUGGAGUACGCCGGCCAGUGGUCUAGUACAGAAAAACUACAGUUCCAAGCGGAUAUGCGGGUCAUCAGCGACUUUGUUACGGCUGAAGAGGAACAAUGCCUGAUAUGGGAAAUCGAGCCUCACAUCAGCCGCUUGCCCUACGAGUCAAGCCACUGGGAUGACGCGAUUCAUGGAUACCGUGAAGUGCAACGAAGGAAGUGGUCACCCCACAAUCGUUCCGUUUUGGACCGUGUCUGCAGAGAGGCUUGCGGAGGCCAAGUGAUGCCCUUCGUCCAUAUUCUGGACCUUGCAGAGGUUGGCGGGAUUAAGCCUCACGUGGACAGCACUCGGUUUUGCGGCCACACCAUCGCGGGAAUCAGCCUGCUUAGCGAUUGCGUUAUGCGAAUGAAACGUGUGGCGAAAGGUACCGCUAGCCACUCCGCGGAUGUGCUACUGCCGCGACGUUCACUCUACAUUAUGAGCCAUCUGGCGCGAUACAAGUUUACCCACGAAAUAUUAGUCGGAGAACAGUCGCGGUUCAGAAAACACCCAGUAAAAAGGAAGCGACGCGUUUCUGUCAUUUGUCGAACGGAACCUUAAACACACACGCUUGCUUACAGCUCAAACGGACAUUUGAACACACACUCUUGCUUAUAGGUAGUGGGGAACGCACUAAAAUCACUUGACUUUACGGGUCGGGACGGUAUCCACGAUUAAUUGGCUGUGAGAUCCGCGAAAGUCCAUACAAGUCCGAUCCAGCGGACGACCAGUGAGCGUAAGCCACUUAAUAUGGUAACUGCAUUACGAUCUGAUUUAAAUUAAAGAUAUUGCCGGGCUUGGAAGCACCAAGGAGUCUAAAAACCUCCCCAAGGACCAAUCCUGGCCAGACAUCAUUGUGGUCAUUAUUCUAAUGUAGCAUCAAUGAAAAAUACUCUUCUUCUUUUUGUCAGCAUUUAUUUAUUUAAAUUUUUUUUAGCAACUUGGCCUAGUUAAAAUUUUUCAGAAGUGUCAGAAAAUUAAUAACAAGAAGGAAAGCAAACUUCGGCAAGCCGAAGUUCAUAUACCCUUGCAGCUAUUGCAUUAAUUAAAUACUUUUGAAAACAUUUAAAUUAUGAUUUACUUGAGUAUGUGCUAAAAAAAAACAUUGAAACUAUAAUGAUUUGGAGCUCAAUUAUUAG